CUUCACCCAAUUUAGCAGCCAAAUGAAUACUACGUCUGCUGUUGUCCUUUUUUCACUGUCAGGCUUCAACACAACGGCCAGCUUCAGAGACACAAUAUUCUCUCUUACUCUACUAUGUUAUUGUCUGAUUUUACUAGUAAAUGUUGCUCUCAUUUUAACAAUUAUUUUGCAUCAGAGCCUGCAUGAACCCAUGUAUAUUAUUCUGUGUAACCUGUGUAUAAAUGCGCUUUAUGGGACUGGAGGCUUUUACCCUAAAUUCAUUUAUGAUUUGUUAUCUAACAGUCACGUCAUACCCUAUGCAGGAUGCCUUUUACAAAUCUAUAUUAUUUAUUCUUAUGCAAUGAUUGACUACUCUAUUUUAGUGCUAAUGGCUUAUGAUAGAUAUGUGGCUAUUUGCAGACCACUGGCCUACCACUCUGUCAUGACUGUGCAAAGGACUUUAGCUUUGGUUUGUUUGUGCUGGCUGGUUCCUCUUUGGUGUAUGCUGCUGGUCGUAGGCCUAACAUCAGCUCUUACGUUAUGCGGUUCCCACAUAGACAAACUGUACUGUGAGAACUGGUCCAUUGUUAAACUGUCUUGUGGUUCAACAAAAGCAAACGACAUAGUUGGACUCAUCGUCAUUGCCUUUUAUUUUGUUCACGUUCUUUACAUCGCCUGCUCGUACGUCCAGCUGAUAAAGUCAGCGCUGAACUCCAAAGAAGGAAGAGGAAAGUUUAUGCAGACGUGCGUGCCACAUCUCAUGUGUCUGUUUAACGUCACAACUGCUUUGCUUUUUGAUCUCAUGUACACGAGGUACGGAUCAUCAUCUGUGCCGCAGAGUUUAAGGAACUUCAUGGCCGUGCAGUUUCUCAUAUUCCCACCAAUUCUGAACCCAGUUAUUUACGGACUGAUCCUGACAAAGAUUAGAAGAACGUUGAUACAUUUGUGUGCGGCGGCGUAUCGAGAAUUCAAACUUAGAAGCACUGUCUGAAACAUAUAUUCUGAACCUACAGUGCGAAAGGUUCUGCAGACAAGGUUUAGGAAGUGUAGAACUUGUCUUCAUAAUUUUCCAGAUCUGGAUACAUUUAUAAAAAAGUCAAACGACUUUGAAAACUAAUAACAACGAGGAUGGAAUUGGAAUGUGUUGUUUUGAAUCUGUCUAAAUGACGAGAUUGAAAUGAGUAUUUAAAUCCAGCAUAAAUUGGAUCUUUUUUUUUCUGGUAAAGUGUGUUUUGUAACAUUUUUUC